GUUUACAAUUUUUAUUAAUCUCAUCCUUGAACUUCGUUAAUGCAUUGUGCAUACAAUUUUUCUAAAAUAAAAAUAUCGCAUAAAUGCUUUAUCGAAAAAGAAAUGCAAUAAAAUAUAGGAUUGGUGUUUGCUAACUUUUAACUCCGCAUUUCAAUUUCUACUUCUCUUUCAUCAUGCCCCACAAUCGACUCCCUGACGCUGAAAUCUCGAGAACACUAGAUCGCGUUCACAUUUCGAACCGCACAUCCAUUACGGUUGAACGUGCACAAGCUACGAAUAGACACGCUUCACUCGAUUGGCGCCGUUACGCCACCUAUCCUCGAGGAACGAAGAUGCACAUGUACGUGUUAAAUAUGUCGUGCUUUUGUUAUUCAUUGUGCGUGCUUGAUACGCGAAAGAGUUCAUGCACAGAUGCGUAGGAAUAAUUCAAAUCGACUAGAAAAAAUCCUGCUACCUAAAUCGAUGUCUCCUCGUGUUUUUUUCUAUUUCACUUUGAGUCUAGAUGAAUUUUAUUUUUAUUUGUUUUUUUUUAGUAGUUUUGAGGUUAAUGAAAUAUUACUAGUUUUUGAGGUUAAAGAAAAAAAUCGAUAUUUUUAUUCUGAAUGUAAAAAGUAUGCAAAAAAUAAAUAAGAAAUAUCUAUUUUUCACUUUGUAAAAAGUUAAAUUAUUCAUAAAAACUUUUAAUGGGAAUAUUUUCCGAUCAAAAAUUCAAAUCUGAAAUUCAUUUUUAUUCUUAUCCGAUUAAUAGUAUGUGGUCUGCCUCCAGUCAUGGGAGGUCAUUGGAAGCUUUCUAUAAGGGAACUAUACCCACUUACACAUCUGUCCACCAGCAUCCCUCGGUAAAUACGGCUGGAGAACACAGAAUACGAACAUUAGAAGUUCUAUCAUUGACCACAUGCCGAGCGUGUCUGGCCACUGGGAAUGUAUUUGACCAACCUGGUUUCGUUAGAAUGAUGCUUGAAGAUCACACUUAAAAUAUUCCUGAACACAUACGGGUGAAAACGCGAAGAUACUUUUAUAAUGAUUCGUUUUUUCAAAGAUCUCAAAGUACCCAUAUUGCCUGUACGAAGAUGCAGAGAUACGGGUCCGAUAUAUAGAACGCUUGUCACGCAAAAGAUCUCGAGAACGAAUCCAAUUGUAAAGUUAUUUCUUUUUUCAAUCGAAUUCCAACGGAUCCUUUUCAUAAAAGUUUGACUACCAGCAUCGUUUUUUGAAGAAAUUUUUCAAGGUAAUCAUUAUGAUUAGAAGCAUUAUUCGAGAGUUUAAAAUUUUAACCUGUUUAAAAUAUGCAGGAUGUCUGUUCUCAUUCUCAUUUUCAU